AUGGCAGCCUACUUAAACCGGUUGCACCAUAUUUCAUUGCAAUGUUCAAAUGUGAGUAAAAUAGCUUACGACCUUGUGUCUAAGUUUAAGUUUGAUCUCUUUGCCAGUAGACAGACUGAAAAGACUGGUCAGUAUGCUUUUCGGAGGGGGUCGGCUGUUUUUAUUGUGAAUCAGAAGUCACAUUCAGUAAGGCACGAGUUGACUGUCCCUGGUUGUCAAUCUCGUUUGUCUUCUCUGCCAUCAUUUCAUGAUUUGACUGACAGCUGUGCGAGCAUUGGAGACAAAAACUUAGAAUUACACGACAAACAAAAUCUGCUCUACGAUGACCACCCAAACUAUGUGGUGGACACAGCCAGUAACGUCUGUUUCGAAGUAGAAAAUGCAGAUAGGUCAUUCCAUGCGCUUGUCGACCAAGGUUGUGAAAUACUCGUUCCUCCCACGAAGGUGCAUGACGAUGACGGAUUUGUUACUUACUGCAUUGUUAAGUCUGUUGUUGGAAAUGUCUGCCACACCCUACUGGACAAGUCUAAGUACCAUGGCACGUUCUUGCCACAUUUUGCUGAACUGGAAAGCAGCAUCAGCACCAGCAGCAGCAAAUCGCAUAAAACAAAUGUACAAUGUCAUAUCACUCACUUUGAUCACAUCACCUACGCCUGUCCUCGGCGGAGCACGCGUGAAGUGAUGCAGUGGUACAAGAAGCUCUUCGGCUUCCAGAGAUUCUUUAUCAACAGUGAUGAAGACCUAAAUGAAGGUUAUGUCCUGGAUCAAGGUGGUAUUGGACUUCGGCUCACAGCAAUGGAGUACUGGAAAUGCAGUGAAAUGGGAAUUACACUUCCUUUUAAGAAAACAAUGGAACCAGACUGCAAGUUUGUGAUCGCAGAGUCACUGCCCGAACAAGGAAAGAAUGUGGUGGAUACAUUUUUGGAGCAGCACAGAGGUCCUGGUAUCCAUCACAUCGGCCUCUACACCAGUGAUAUUGUGAAAACGGCCCAGACCAUGACCGAAGCCAGGGUAGAGUUCUUCUCUCCUCCCCCAGCCUACUACUCUGAGGUUGGAAAACUCCAUGAAAUUGAGCGCGUUGGUUGUGACCCACUGAAGCUGUCACAAUAUGGCAUCCUCCUGGACGCUGCGCUGGAGAAAGAGGCCAGACUGCCAUCAACCGAACGGUACCUUCUACAGGUGUUCACCAAGCCCAUUUUUGCAGAGGACACCCUUUUCCUGGAGCUGAUUGAGCGGCGCGGAGCCACAGGCUUUGGGGAAGGGAACAUCAGAGCGCUGUGGAGAUCCGUGCAAGCAUACACGGAGAAAGAGAAGGCAGAUGCAGGAAAAAAGUAAUCUGACUGUGUUUCUUUGAAAAGUGGUCAGUCUGGUUGAAUUGAAUGUUAGGUCGCUAGGGAAAUCUAGAUUUCUUGGCUUGAAAAAUACUGGAUGUGUGCACUUCAUGUUCUCCUAGUACUCAUCAAAAUGUAAUCCAUUUCAUAACUUGUUGAAGUACUUGAUGUUGUAAAAUUUAACAUCUACUGUAAGAGUUUCUGUUUUUGGAGUUGCAUGAUUUUGUUGUUGUUGUAUGCAAAUCAUUGUUCCUCUCUCCCCAACAACUGCACAUUUUCAUUAGGCCUAAAUAUGUGAUGUUGCACCCUGUUUAACUUGACCCAAUGACUCCCAAAAGGUUAUCGGAAGCAGCUAUCUUGCAUUUCUAUUGUUAUGUGUUUUAUAUUACAUGAACAUGUUCAAUGGAGCAGUGUUUUAAAUUAGAAGUCAUUUAUAAUGUGUUGUGAAGUUGUCACUGAAGGGCAGUCAUUGAGGUUUUUUGUAAUGACUAACAGAGUUGCAUCAUGUUCCUACCAGUGUCUCAGAACAGAACCCUUGGAGCCAUCACUUUGGCUCAUGAAAUAAUAAAAUGUAUUUCUUAUUCUUUUCA